AUGACGACCUAUUGUUUUGCAAAUUUUUACAAAAAACUUGUGAAAAAUGCAAAACUUCGGCGUUAUUACAGUAAAACAGAUAGCAAUAACAACAAUAUCGAAAAAAUUCGAAAUAUCGGCAUAUUAGCACAUAUAGAUGCAGGAAAAACCACAACAACGGAGCGUAUGCUCUUCUAUUCUGGUACCAUACGGUCCAUGGGAGAGGUACACCACGGGAACACUGUCACCGAUUAUAUGGAACAGGAAAGACAGAGAGGAAUAACAAUUACCUCGGCAGCAGUCUCGUUCCCAUGGCAAGGCAGUCAGAUUAACCUAAUAGAUACACCAGGCCACAUUGACUUCACUAUGGAGGUAGAGCAAAGUUUAGCUGUGCUAGAUGGUGCCGUCGUUGUGUUGGAUGGUUCAGCUGGUGUAGAAGCUCAAACCUUAACAGUCUGGCGUCAAGCGACAGGCUACCGUGUUCCACGUAUCCUGUACCUAAACAAAAUGGACCGUCUAGAUUCAAACGAGAUGUCCUGUGUCAGAUCUAUUGAGGAGAAGCUGCAGGCCACACCGCUGCUUCUGCACUUGCCCGUGCGACAUAAUGAUAGACUUGUCGGUUUGAUAGACCUAAUAACGCAAGAAGAAAUCCUGUGGACGCAAGGACGCGGCCAGAACUACGUCUGUCGGAAGCUAGAUGAACGAGAUGGACUUGUGUGGGAGAACACGCUCGAUAAACAUCGUCAGUUAAUCGAUACUCUAUCAAGUAUGGACGAUACGCUGGCAGACUACAUUAUUGCUCAGGAAUCUUUGGACAAUUUAAACUUUGCCGACGUCACGCAAGCAAUUCGUCGUUGUACAAUCAAUAUGCGCGCUUUCCCAGUUCUCUGCGGAUCUUCGUACAAAAACAUCGGCGUGCAAACUCUAAUGGACGGCGUUAUUCAGUACCUACCGUCGCCGUUGCAGUGCAAUAACUUGUACAAGUGUUUCGGGGACGAUUUAGCCGCUAGAGCGUUCAAAGUGCUUCACGACGACCAAAGGGGUGUGCUGACCUUCCUUAGGCUGUAUAGUGGAGAGAUCGUCAAAGGACAGAAGAUCUAUAAUCUUGGACAAAGUAAGAGUGAGCAGACAGGCUCUAUGUACGUUGCGCUGGCUGACGAGUACCAGCCCGUUGAAAAGGUCACAGCAGGGAACAUCGCUGUCGUCAGCUCACUAAAGGCAACGAUGUCAGGCGACCUAAUAACGACAUCACAGGCCUCCGCAAACCGUGCCAAAGCAAACCUGUCGUCGUCUCUGAAAGAGCCAGGGCGGGUCGAAGAACUGAUGCUGCCCAGUGCUCGGCAGCGCCUGCAAGCGCUCGAAGGUGACGUUACCGACGAUGACAUCGCUGACAUAUUGCUUGGCAUUGGGACAACGAUUCCCGAACCAGUAUUCUUGUGCUCCAUCGAGCCGCCCAGCAUCGCGUACCAGACGCCGCUGGAGACCGCGCUCAACGAGCUGCAGAGAGAAGAUCCCAGUUUGAGGGUCCUCACCGACGAGGACACGGGCCAAAUGGUCUUAGCAGGCAUGGGCGAACUUCACUUGGAAAUCAUUAAAGAACGCAUCGUUCGCGAGUACAAAAUUGAUGUUGAAUUAGGGCCACUACAGAUUGCGUACAGAGAGUCAUUGCUUGGCAGUGCCAAACAGAGCAUGACGGUUGACAGGAAGAUUGGCGGUGCCAGACAACAAGUGAAGGUUACUCUUAGUGCUAAACCUGUAAAGGGCCUCAGCCAGGAUAAGGUGUUGAAGUUAGACAAAUCGGCGGACAGCGCAGCGAACUUGGCGCACCUGCAUCCUCGAUCUCUAAACGCCAUCAAACACGGAGUCCGAACUGCUUUGAUGCACGGACCGAAGCUUGGCUGCCCGUUGGUGGAUGUACGAGUGACACUACAUUGGUUUGAAGUCGGCAGAGGCACAUCCGAAUCCGUUGUUUCCGCUACCGUGGCACAAUGUUUGAGAAAGGUAUUCGAAGAAGCUGAAGCAAUUCUUCUGGAGCCAGUGAUGUCCCUGGAAGUGGUAUGUCCUGAGUCGCAUUCUGCGCGCGUAAUGGCGGACUUGUCGCGCCGCCGCGCAGAGAUACAACACAUCACUAUCAGGCAGCAGAAUAAGGUAAUCGAAUGCCUGGCCCCCCUCUCAGAGCUGCUAGGUUACUCCACAACAUUACGUUCGCUAAGCUCGGGGCUGGCAUCCUUCACCAUGGAGUUCCACUCGCAUCGACAGAUGGCGCCGCACGACGAGGAGAAGGCCAUCAAGAGCGUCACUGGGUUUUAGAUCCUGGUUCCUAUAAAACCACACACACCUUUAUCGCGACAGUUACGCGCGACUACAGCCGUACGCCGUUAACAUAGACUAUAAUUUCGUACCGUUGGUUUAAUAAAGCAACACGUGAUAUAUAUACGUCAAAAGUGUUAAACUUUUAUC